CUUCUCCAUAGUACCAACAUGGAAUGUGACACAAUUUCUGCCAGUAUUUGCCAACUCGUCCCUUUCAGGCCACAGAGGGCUGGUGGCAGCAGUCACUGUGCUCUGUUUAAUGCUUUCCAGGAUUCACAAGCCAUCCUGGCAUCUCCAGCACAUUUGUGUUGGCUCUGGCCUGAGUGACCUUGCAUGGAACACCAAGCUUUGCAUUUCCCAUGGCUAUGAAUCCCCUCUCUGAAGGCCCAGGAGCUCCUGAGUGUACAUCUGCAGAGGAGGAUUUCACUUCCCUCAUGACUUUCCCUGAGUGGGUGAAGACAGAAGCUGACACAAUCUAAUUUAGCCUUCUAGGUGUUGUCUGUCUGCAAUCCCAAUGACCCCAUGUGACAUGGAAAUCCCCAUGAGCAAAGAAGCUGCAGCUUUUCCUUGAAUUUGGUCAAAGUCAAGGAAAAGAGAACUGAAUAGAGGGGAUAAAUUGCAGCAGCUCCUUGCCUGAGCUCAGAGUUGAGCUCUCCCAAGGAGGCAGAGCAGCAUCCUGCAAGGAAGAGCCCUGCCAGAGCCACCAUGCUCACUGCAAGGACAGUCCUGCUGCUCGCUGGGCUCCUCACGCUCUCACCGUGCUCCCAUGCAGCCCCCUACACCCCAGCCGAGUGCUGCUUCGACUAUGUCAAGGGCGUCCUAAGGCUGGAGAUCCUCCUGGACUUCAACUCCACUACCAGGGAAUGUUAUUUCCCAGCAAUUGUGUUUGAGACCAAGAAAGGAGUCAAGGUCUGUGCAAACCCUGAGGAGAAGUGGGUGAAGAGAGCAGUUAAAGUGCUUCAAAAGAAGAAAGUUCGUGCUCCAUGAUGUGGAUUGGGUGCCCUGGUUCAGGCUCCCCAACAUCUGCUGGGAAGGAAGAUUUGCAUCCCCUCUCAGAAGGGGUUCAGGAUGUUCAGCUCCUGGGAAAAGGCACCAGAGCCCUGAGCUGCACCCACAGCUGGGCACCAGCUCCUGGAAUGCUGCUGGCCCAGCCUGCACCUGCCUGCUGCUCACAGCCACACAAUAAAGUUUAUUUCAUGUGAUAUU